UCUGGGAGGCAGAUAGACCUUUCUGAAAAGUUUGAGGACGCUCUUUGGAUCUUUGGAUAGGAGAAACCACGCAGCUCCGGACUUUUACGCACGGCGCGCCCCGUGGAUGUGAGCACACAGUCAACUGGAAGUCGCAUUUUUGAAAACCCACCGACUGUAGACAACAUGAACAAUGGAUCCAACCGAACUGUUCCCCCGGGCUGCACUGACCCACCUCCUUUGGCCAUGGACAUCAUCCUCAAUUUGGACAUUUUUGGCAUCAUCCUGUACUCUGUCCUCACUUUCAUGGCAGUAGUGUCCCUGCUGGUGUUCAUGGAGGAGUGCAUCUACAUCUACAAGAAAGUACCAGCCCACAAGAAGAGUGUAAUCAUCUGGGUGAAUGGCGCAGCACCGAUGAUUGGCUCCAUGUCGUGUCUGGGGAUGUGGAUCCCCAGAGCCACCAUGUUUACUGAUAUGUUCUCAGCCUGCUACUUUGCCAUCGUGGUGUUUAAGUUCCUCAUCCUGAUGUUGGAGGAGGUGGGUGGUGACGAGGUGUUCCUGAAACGAGGACCGAAGCAUAAGCUGAGGAUCAGCACGGGGCCUUGUUGCUGCUGCUGCCCCUGCCUGCCGCACGUGGCCAUCACACGACGCUCCCUCUUCCUGCUCAAACUUGGCGCCUUCCAGCUUGCUCUCCUGAAAACCAUCCUUACCAUGCUUUCCAUUGUCCUCUACACCAACGGGACCUUUGACCUGAGUGAUUUGAGCAUUACCGGAGCUGCAAUAUGGAUCAACCCAUUUGUGGGUGUCUUGACAAUCAUAGCUCUGUGGCCUGUAGCGAUCACGUUCAUGCACUUAAAGGCUGCCCUGCGAUCACUCAAGAUCAUCCCCAAGUAUGCCAUGUACCAGCUGGUGCUGAUCCUGAGCCAGCUGCAAACUGCUAUUAUCAACAUCCUGGCUUUGAAUGGAACCAUCGCUUGCACUCCUCCUUUUUCUGCUCCAGCCAGAGGAUACAUGAUGUGCCAGCAGCUGCUGAUCCUGGAGAUGUUCAUCAUCACGUUAGCAACACGGCUGCUGUAUCGACGACAGUACGAUCCUUUACCCAGAGAGGAAGAAGACGCUGACAAUGAAAACACCAAGAUGGUUGCUUUACCAGAGUCUGCAUGAGAAUUGAUUACGUGUGUGUAUGUGUUUGUAUUUGUGUGUGUGUGGCAUUCUCUUUUUCCUGCAGGUAUUUGAUUAAGAGACUUUAUAAAUUAAUAUGAAUAAAUUUGAAUAUAAAUUACA